UGUGAAACUUGAACUGGCUGGAUUUUGAUAAAUUACUGCCGGUGGAUUAUUCUGAUCAUCGAACAACCAAUAUGGGUGCCACCUUUUCCAACCCAGCUAAUAACACAUCAAACGCUUCCCCUCCGGUUCAGGAGAAUGAAAAUAGCUUGACGAUUACUGGUCUUGCCACCAAAUGGCCAUCCAAGCUUAUUGGCCCGGAGGAUAUGAAAGCAUAUGCUUCGAAGCAUUACCCGGAAAAUGCCCCCUGGCUCCAAAGUCUACUCAAAAUCAACGAACAAACUGGCAUAGAAACUCGGGCUGUGGUUGAUCUUUGGAAUGACCCGCAGUGGCAUCAAGACAAACCCCCCACGGCAGAAGACGUCGAUGCUGCAUUCCGCAAAUACGGGGUCGAGCUUGCGAAGGGUGCCGCCCUAGAUGCCUUGAGCGAUAGCCAUGUCUCCCCAGGCUCUAUUACACACGUUGUGGCAGUUACAGCGACUAAUGCUGGCAGCCCGGGCUAUGAUCAGCUCGUGGCCCGGGAGUUGGGUAUUCCGAUUACUGCAGAGCGAGUUCUCCUGGCUGGGGUUGGCUGCGCAGGAGGCCUAGCUGCACUGCGUGUAGCUUCCAAUCUGGCAAGGGCGGCAACUCUACAGCAUCAACAGGCCCGGGUCUUGAUCGUUGCGUGUGAGAUCUGCAGUAUCCAGAUCCGGGCCGAGCUACAUGCUGCAUCCCAAUCGGAUACUGUCGGGAUUGGGCCCGCCCUCUUCGGCGACGGUGCAGCGGCUAUGGUUUUGUGCAACUCAUAUGGCUUGAGUGACAAAAUCCCGAGGCGCUUCAGUGUGAUCGAUUGGCGUACCUGUAUCACGCCCGACACACAUCAACACAUGUCCUAUCAAGUAACGUCCAACGGGUUCCUUCUCUCGCUGUCGAAACAGGUUCCUAAGUGCGCUGCUGCCUCUCUUCAAACGCCGUUCCAGAGCUUAAUUAAGGCCAAUAAAAUGGAACUUUCGUCGACAGAUUUCGACUGGGCCGUUCAUCCUGGUGGCUUGUCCAUCAUCAAAGGUGCUCAGAUGGCAAUGCAACUGCCCAAUGAGGCGCUGUCAGCGAGUUACGAGAUCUACCGAACUCGGGGAAACGCUUCGAGCGUAGCAGUUCUCGCCGUCUUGGACAGAUUACGGUCAAUGGAAAUGGGGAAGCAAGAUGUCAUUUCGUGCAGUUUUGGACCCGGCCUUACGACAGAAAUGGUCCUCCUCAAGCGAUUGAUGUAAUAUAUUCCAUACUCAGUACAGUAGAAUAAGAUGGCGGCUUGCUGUAUUAAAUCGUAUCUGUUCUUCAA